AUGGAAAAGUUCAUCGAAGCUGUGCGUUUGCAGCCCUGUCUGUGGAAUCCUUUAGACCCAGAUUACCGAGAGAUGCACGUGAAGGACGAAGCUUGGACCACCGUUGUGGAGAUCUAUAAUAACCGAUCUAUAGCAAAUAUUCAAGUAGCAAAAAUGGAAUGGAAAAAACUUCGCGACAAUCACCGCGACGCGCUCAAACGCGCGAAGUUAGGCAAGAACAAGUUAUUACCCGCGCAAAUCACAACAUGGAAGUACGCGAAAGCAAUGCAAUUUCUAGAACCGCACAUGAAAUAUAGAAUAACAGAAAACAUAGAAAUAGAACCAUCCAAACACGACGAUGUGUCAACGACAGAAGAAUAUUCGGCGAAACGACGGUGUAUAGAAAAAAAAAGCUUAGAAGACGGCGCACUAGAGUCGUUUUUCAAAUGCAUGUUACAGAGCACUAAAACAAUGCCAUACUGGAUGCAGACACAGGUUAAAAAGAAGAUUUUUAGCGUUAUCAUUGAGGCUGAAGAGCAGCUUUCAUCUCAAGGUCAAAGUGAGGUCGCGAGUGAAUAUGAAUCAGAACAAACUAUUCCUUUAGGCAUUGUUAAGGCGGAAAUACAAACAGAUAGUGACGAUUGUACUUAG